AUGAUAGUAGAGGAAGUAAAAGUGGUGAAUCCUACGAAAUCAUCGGUCACUCUGCAAGUUGCUCGACACGAAGCUGUAGGUUGGACUGCAAACAAAACUGGUGAUACAGUUGUGUACACUAAAUCUUUUCCCUCUCACAUAUCUUCCCUACUGUCAGCUGUGAUUUGUUCAAAUGCCCCUGGAGAGCUGACAAUCGCUAGAAAAAGAGAAGAAACGUUACGCUUUGUCUGCGUAGUCGAACAACGGGAACUCUCUAGUAACAUGGCGAUGGAUACCACUCCUGUAUUACAUGAACUUGCAAGAGUAGUACUUUCGAAGUUUAGUCUUCUGAACAAGAUGGUAUCUUUAUCUGUCGAUAUUGAGCAUGAGAAUGCUUGGAGAAAGCUUAAUGUUCCCACAUUCUACCUGUCUCCAUCGAAGGCGCCAAAUGUUCUAAAUGGUGCUCAUAUUAACGCUACGAAGUAUAUUCUUCUCAGCAAUACGAAAGCGCCUCUAUUGGAGGAGUCCAUCCCUGAGGAUAAAAGAAAG